GCGGGAGUGGGCGUACCAGCAGGCGAAACCAGACACAUCGUUCUGGCAUGGCCCCAAAGCAACUCCGAUUGUUCUUUUCCCAUGUUCGAGGCAUCGGUCCACCAGAGACUCGAGACACAACGUUCUCAUCAUCAGACGCUUCUUUCGGUAACGUCCUCAGUUGAACAUACAGCCCUCUCACCAUGACAACUAUGAACAAAGUAUUUUCCGGUUAUUACGAGCGCAAGGCCCGUCUAGAUAACAGUGACAACCGCUUUGCCAAGGGAAUUGCCUACGUCGAGGGAUCUUUCGUCCCACUCGCCGACGCACGAGUCCCACUCCUCGACGAGGGUUUCAUGCAUAGCGACCUCACGUAUGAUGUGCCAUCGGUCUGGGAUGGGCGCUUCUUCCGCCUCGAUGAUCAUCUCCGUCGAUUGGAAGACAGCUGUCAGAAAAUGCGACUGAAGAUCCCACUGUCCAGGGACGAGGUGAAGCAGACCCUAAGAGAGAUGGUUGCUAAGAGUGGAAUCGAAGAUGCGUUUGUGGAGCUGAUCGUCACCCGUGGCCUGAAAGGGGUCCGUGGCAAUAAGCCAGAGGAUCUGUUCGACAAUCAUCUCUAUCUGAUCGUCAUGCCGUAUGUCUGGGUCAUGGAGCCCGCCAUGCAACAUACCGGAGGCAGUGCGAUCAUUGCCCGUACCGUACGGCGCACUCCCCCCGGUGCUUUCGAUCCUACCAUCAAGAAUCUCCAGUGGGGGGACUUGACCCGGGGUCUAUUCGAAGCGGCUGACCGUGGCGCGGAUUACCCAUUUCUCUCCGACGGAGAUACCAAUCUCACCGAAGGAUCCGGUUUCAAUAUAGUAUUGAUUAAAGAUGGCAUUAUCUACACACCCGACCGUGGGGUUCUAGAAGGGAUUACCCGUAAGAGUGUUUUUGAUAUUGCCCAGGCCAAGAAGAUCGAGGUCCGCGUUCAGGUGGUGCCACUCGAGCAUGCCUAUCACGCCGAUGAGAUAUUCAUGUGUACUACAGCUGGUGGCAUUAUGCCUAUCACGAAACUCGAUGGGAAACCGAUCCAGAAUGGCAAGGUCGGCCGCCUUACUACAAAAAUAUGGGAUGAAUACUGGGCGAUGCACUAUGACCCGAAAUAUAGCUCUGCUAUCGAUUACAGGGGCCAUGAGGGCAACUGAUGCUGUCUCAUUCUGCUCGUCCCUCCCCUUUCGCCGGAUCCGGGUUUUUUGAAGUGCGAUGGCCAGCGACGAAUCCGCCGGAGUGUGUGGAGC